AAACCAAGACCCAGAGAGGUCAAGCAACUUGCUCAAGUGGCACAGCUGGAGAGAGGGGAGCUGGGACUUGAGCCCAGGUGGUGUGUCCCCAACACUAAAGCUAAACUCCAUUCUGUGCUGCCCUUUGGAACACCCACUCCAUGGCCUUCACACUCCAUGUCCUACUCAGGAGGACAUGUGAUCUCAAUAGCACUCACAAAUGAAGGCUUUUCAGACAGGAUAUUGAAGAUGGGAGGUGUGAGCUGGGGGAAAGAGCUGACUAAGAGGAAGACACUCCCCAGAAAGGUGGCCUGCCAGUCUUCACAAUGUAUGGGAGCAGGUGGGAAAAGAGCUGCAGGUGUUUGCAUUUCAUCACUGAAAUUGUUGAAACUGCUGAUCAGGAAACACAGAACAAGUUUAACCAGCCAAGUCAAUUUCUGCAAGAUAGACUCCAGCUUGGGGGCUCUGUAUGGAAUAAAUAAGAUGUUCCAGACAUCAAAGCACUCAAUAAGGCACUGUAGAAAUGACAAUGAGGUAAAAGCCCACAGUGAUGGUGGUGGUGAGAAAGCAGGGCACCACAGAACAUGGCUUGGUUCUAAAGUGGUCUGUGCAGGGUUAUGUUGA